AAUAACAAGCGCUGCACGCGGCUCCCUCUGGCAGAUGAGACCCGGUGAGGAGAACACGUGUCCACUUUCUGCUCCGUGCGCCUCCCUCAUCUGGAUUUCUCGCCCCUCACGGCGACAAAGGAAAAAAAAAAGAGAAGAUUUUCUCUCUGAUGGACAUCUUGGCGUGUAGGUCCGAAGAGAACAGUUAUAACAUCCUCCCGUCCGCGGCGACCAUGCUGUUCCACGGCCUCCCCGCGGGAGACGUGCACGGCGUGAUGGACGAAAUGGACCGCAGAGCGAAGAGCGAAUCCGCGGCCAUCAGCUCCAACAUCGACAUGGGAGAAUCCGAGACGUCCGCGCCGUGCCUGAGCGCAGAGCGCGUGGCCCUGUGCGCAGGCUGCGGCAGGAAGAUUGCAGACCGUUACUACCUGCUGGCGGUGGAUAAACAGUGGCACAUGCGCUGCCUGAAAUGCUGCGAGUGCAAACUCAACCUGGAGUCCGAACUCACCUGCUUCAGCAAGGACGGCAGCAUCUACUGCAAGGAGGACUACUACAGAAGAUUUUCGGUGCAGAGGUGCGCUCGGUGCCAUCUGGGCAUCUCGGCCUCGGAGAUGGUGAUGCGCGCCCGGGACCUGGUUUACCACCUCAACUGUUUCACGUGCACCACGUGCAGCAAGAUGUUGACCACCGGGGACCAUUUCGGCAUGAAGGACAGCCUGGUGUACUGUCGGCUGCACUUUGAGACUCUGAUCCAGGGGGAGUACCAGGCGCACUUUAACCACGCCGACGCGGUUCCUCACAAAGGCCUGGGCCCGGCCAACGCGCUCGGACUAUCCUACUUCAACGGCGUGGGCACGGUGCAGAAAGGCCGGCCCCGGAAACGGAAAAGCCCCGGGCCUGGAGCCGAACUGGCCGCUUACAAUGCUGCGCUGAGCUGUAACGAGAACGAUGGCGAGUCCAUGGACAGAGACUCUCAGUACAGCUCCAGUCAGAAGACCAAGCGCAUGAGGACGUCCUUCAAGCACCACCAGCUGAGGACCAUGAAGUCCUACUUCGCCAUCAACCACAACCCAGACGCCAAGGACCUCAAACAGCUCGCCCAGAAGACCGGCCUCACCAAGCGGGUUUUACAGGUAUGGUUCCAAAAUGCUCGGGCCAAAUUCAGGAGGAACUUGCUGCGGCAGGAGAGCAGCGGGGUGGACAAGGCAUCGGAUGGUUCGACGCUACAGGGAGGCACGCCGUCGGGGCCGGCUUCGGAAAUCUCCAAUGCCUCAAUGAGCCCCUCCAGCACCCCCACCACCCUGACAGACUUGACCAACCCCACAAUGCCCACGGUCACCUCCGUGCUGACUUCGGUGCCUGGCGGCAUGGAGGUGCACGAGUGCCGGAGCCCGUCACAGACCACACUAACCAGCCUGUUCUGAUGAGUCCAAACGUGAGCCGGAGCAGAACAGAGAAGGUAACGGACACACGUGAGAUUUGACUUUUCCAGACGGUUUGCGUCAUCAGGCGGCUCGGCCUCACACAGUUGUUGUUAUUUUGAUGUUGUCUUGUCGAGAACUGAGGAGACUUGAUUUACAUUUUUCAAUGUUUACCAAAAGAGACUGCUGAAACAAAAACAAGAACUGCUUAAUUUUUGGAAGCUUUUUUCCAGCACAGUAUUUAUGUUGGUGUACAAGAGUCACUGUUAGAAAGAUUGUAAAAAAUUCUUUCUUUUGGAAAUCUGGGAUUAAACAGGUUACAAUA